CCGACAGGUCUUCCCUAUAUGGCUGUGUAUGAGCUCCAUGCUAAUAACGGCUUGGAGAGCUCAGCAUCGCGUUUCUCACCGGCAGUCAGUGGUGGCUUCCACGGUGUGAGCAAGCAGGCUCCUCCACAGCCAUGGCCGAGGGCGGAGAAGGAGAGGACGAGAUCCAGUUCUUGAGAACUGAUGACGAAGUGGUUCUUCAAAGCGUAGCCACCAUACAGAAGGAGCAUCGCAAGUUUUGCCUGGCCGCUGAAGGACUUGGGAACCGCCUAUGUUAUUUGGAACCUACAUCCGAAGCCAAGUAUGUUCCCCCAGACUUGUGUAUUUGUAACUUUGUGUUGGAGCAGUCGCUGUCUGUGCGAGCUCUUCAGGAGAUGCUGGCUAACACCGGCCAAAGCAGCGAGGGGAGGUUGAUUAAAAAGGCGGGUCAGGGAGGCGGACAUCGGACCCUGCUGUAUGGUCAUGCCAUCCUCUUGCGCCACUCCUUCAGCGGCAUGUACCUGACCUGUUUGAAGACAUCAAGGUCCCUGACAGACAAGUUGUCAUUCGACGUUGGACUACAAGAGGAUUCUAUAGGAGAAGCCUGCUGGUGGACCAUCCACCCUGCAUCCAAGCAGAGGUCUGAAGGCGAGAAAGUACGCAUCGGAGAUGACCUGAUUCUUGUCAGCGUGUCAACAGAGCGAUAUUUGCACCUCUCCAUUUCCAAUGGCAACAUCCAGGUGGACGCAUCAUUCAUGCAAACCUUGUGGAAUGUCCAGCCAACCUGCUCCUCAAGCAACAUGGCUGUUGGGUAUUUGGUUGGUGGUCAUGUGAUGCGUUUGUGUCGCGGCCAUGACGAGAGCUUGACCAUCCCAGGUGCAGACAAGAGUGAGGAGGAACAAAGGAUAGUCAACUAUGAGGCGGGUAAGGGAGCAUCAAAGGCCCGCUCCUUGUGGAGACUGGAGCCCCUGAGGAUCAGCUGGAGCGGGAGCCACAUUCGGUGGGGUCAGGCCUUCCGACUGCGCCACCUCUCCACUGGCCAUUACCUGGCCCUAACUGAGGACCGGGGACUGGUCCUGGAGUGCAGGGAGAAGUCCGACACCACGGCCACUUCCUUCUGCUUCAGGCCCUCCAAGGAAAAGAGUGAGUCAGGCCCGAAGAGAGACAUCGAUGGCAUGGGUAUGCCAGAGAUCAAGUAUGGAGACUCUGUGUGUUUCAUCAUGCAUUUGGCAACCGGACUGUGGCUAUCCUACCAGGCACCUGAUGCCAAAUCAUCUCGACUUGGACCUGUCAAAAGAAGGGCUUGCCUGCAUUCUGAAGGCCACAUGGAUGAUGGGCUUACUCUCCAGCGCUGUCAGCAUGAGGAGUCGCAAGCUGCUCGCAACAUCCGCAACACAACGUUCCUCUUCACAAAUUUUAUCAAGGCUUUGGACAGCACCGCCGCGGGUGAAUCCAUGGCGGUGACGGGGUACGUAGAGGAGGUGCUGCAGACGCUGAACGACCUGAUCGAGUAUUUCAAGCAGCCUGACUCGGAGCUGGAACAUGAGGAGAAACAAUGUCUCCUCCGUUCACUCAUCAAACGUCAAGAUCUCUUCAAAGAGGAGGGCAUGCUCACCCUGCUGUCUAAAUGCAUCGACCGGAUGAACCUUUACGACAGUGCAGCCCACUUUGGGGAGAUGGCCGGGGAGGAGGCAGGCGCAGCGUGGAAGGACAUCCUCAACCUCCUCUAUGAGCUCCUAGCUGCACUAAUUCGUGGGAACAGGAACAAUUGCACCCAGUUUUCUGGGAACUUGGAUUGGUUGGUCAGCAAACUGGAAAGACUCGAGUCAUCAUCAGGCAUCCUGGAAGUUCUGCACUGUGUCUUGAUUGAAAGUCCGGAGGCUUUGAACAUCAUCCAGAGAGGACACAUUAAAUCUAUCAUCUCUCUGCUAUAUAAACAUGGACGCAACCACAAGAUUCUGGAUGUACUGUGUUCACUCUGCGUUUGUAAUGGCGUGGCUGUGAGAGCCAAUCAGAAUCUGAUCUGUGACAACCUGCUUCCCAGAAGAGAUCUGCUUCUUCAGACCCGACUGGUCAAUGACGUUCAGAGCAUAAGGCCUAACAUCUUCUUAGGAGUGGCUGAAGGCUCGGCCCAGUAUAAAAAGUGGUACUUUGAGCUUGUGAUCGAUCAAGUGGACCACUUUGUAACCGGCGAGCCGACUCACCUGAGGGUGGGCUGGGCUAACACAAAAGGCUACGCCCCGUAUCCUGGCGGAGGAGAGGGAUGGGGUGGCAACGGCGUCGGGGAUGACCUCUUUUCUUACAGCUUUGACGGACUUCACCUCUGGUCAGGUCGCAUCCCCAGAGCCGUGGCCUCCAUCAACCAGCACCUGCUGACCUCAGAUGACGUCGUAAGCUGCUGUCUGGAUCUGGGCUCCCCCAGCAUGUCCUUCAGGAUCAACGGGCAGCCUGUUCAGGGCAUGUUUGAGGACUUCAACACUGAUGGAUUCUUCUUCCCUGUUGUCAGCUUCUCUGCCGGUGUCAAAGUGCGCUUCCUGUUGGGCGGACGUCAUGGAGAUUUUAAGUUCCUGCCCCCCGCGGGUUACUCUCCGUGCUAUGAGGCGUUGCUGCCAAAGGAGAAGAUGUACGUGGAGCCUGUGAAGGAGUACAAGAGGGACCAUGAAGGGGUCCGAGACCUGUUGGGAAUGACCCAAUUCCUCUCCCAGGCCUCCUUCAUACCCACCCCUGUUGACACCAGCCAGAUUGUUCUUCCCCCACACAUGGACAACAUCCGGGACAAGCUGGCAGAAAACAUCCAUGAACUGUGGGGAAUGAACAAGAUUGAACUGGGUUGGACCUACGGCAAGGUUAGGGAUGACAACAAGAGGCAACACCCAUGCCUUGUGGAUUUUACCAAGCUGCCUGAGACAGAAAGAAACUACAACCUGCAGAUGUCAAGUGAAACACUGAAGACCCUAAUGGCUCUUGGCUGCCAUGUCGCCCAGGUCAAUGUUCAUGCAGAGGACGAUCUGAAAAAAAUCAAGCUUCCGAAAGACUACAUGAUGUCCAAUGGAUACAAGCCUGCACCUCUGGAACUUUCUGACGUCAAACUGACUACAGGUCAGGAGGUCCUAGUUGAUAAACUGGCAGAGAAUGCACACAAUGUGUGGGCCAAAGACCGAAUUAAACAAGGAUGGACCUAUGGAAUCCAGCAGGAUUUAAAGAGCAGACGUAAUCCUCGCCUUGUGCCAUAUGCUUUACUGGAUGAGCGCACUAAGAAGUCCAACAGGGACAGUCUGAGAGAGGCCAUCAGGACAAUGGUUGGCUAUGGAUAUGACAUCGACCCUCCAGACCAAGAAGUUGUCCAUGUGGCUGAUGAUCAGAGCAUUGAGACUCUCCGAUUCUUCCGCGUGGAGCAAACAUACGCAGUGAAAACAGGAAAGUGGUACUUUGAGUUUGAGGCUCUGAGUGGAGGCGAUAUGAGGGUUGGCUGGGCGAGGCCUGGCUGCAGACCUGAUGUGGAGCUGGGAACAGACGACCAGGCCUUCAUCUUUGAUGGAUACAGGGGACGACGCAUACACGCAGGAAGCCGCUACUUUGGACAUCCUUGGAAAAAAGGAGACGUAGUGGGAUGCAUGAUCAACUUAGAGGACAAAUCGAUCAUUUUCACCCUGAAUGGCGAGCUCUUGAUAACCAACAAAGGCUCUGAGCUUUGCUUCACUGACUUUGAGACAGAAGACGGUUUUAUCCCCGUGUGUAGCCUGGGCAUGUCUCAGAUUGGACGAAUGAACCUCGGGAAAGAUGCCAGCACGUUCAAGUACUACACCAUGUGUGGUCUUCAGGAAGGCUUCGAGCCCUUUGCUGUCAACAUGAAACGAGAGAUCACCAUGUGGUUCAGCAAACGCCUGCCAACAUUUGUGAACGUACCCCAGGAUCACAGGAACAUUGAGGUGACAAGGAUCGACGGGACAGUAGACAGCCCUCCGUGCCUCAAAGUCACCCACAAGACGUUCGGCACCCAGAACAGCAACACUGACAUGAUCUACUGUCGACUGAGCAUGCCCGUGGAGUUGUACUCGGCAGACAUGUUGCUUGAGGAAUCAUUUCAACUCAGCCAUCCUCCAAAAGAAGAUGGAGCUGUGGAUUUUGGACGCAUCACAGCUUACUACCACUCUGUCAGAGUGUUUGCCGGGCAGGACCCUGCGUCCGUGUGGGUGGGCUGGGUCUCGCCGGACUACCAUUACUAUUGCAAGAACUUCAGCCUCAACAAAACCAGAACAGUCACCGUCACCCUUGGAGAUGAGAGGGGGCGUGUCCAUGAGAGUGUCCAGAGAAGUAACUGCUAUAUGGUGUGCGGAGCGGACGCGGUCAGCCCGUCUUCAUCCAGCCGCCCUACAUCUGACGUGGAGAUCGGCUGCCUGAUUGACUUGGCCACCGGCCUUGUCAGCUUUACCGCCAACGGCAAGGAGAUGUCCACCACGUAUCAGGUGGAGCCAAAUACCAAGCUGUUCCCUGCUGUGUUUGUACGGCCCACCAGUGCAAACCUCUUUCAGUUUGAAUUUGUGAAGAUAAAGGACGCCAUGCCGCUCUCCUCUGCUAUAUUUAAGAGUGAGCACAGGAACCCGGUGCCUCAAUGCCCGCCACGGCUGGACGUGCAAACCAUCGUGUCAGUGCUGUGGAGCCGAGUGCCCAACACUUUCCUCAGUGUGGAGACGGCGCGGGUCAGCGAGAGACACGGCUGGGUGGUGCAAUGCCUGGAGCCACUGCAGAUGAUGGCUGUUCAUAUACCUGAGGAAAACAGGUGUUUGGACAUCCUGGAGUUGUCGGAGCACGAAGAUUUAAGGAAGUUCCACUACCACACUCUCAAGCUAUACUGUGCCCUCUGUGCCCUUGGCAACACUCGCGUGGCCCACGCCCUCUGCAGCCACUUGGACCAAUCGCAGCUCCUGUACACCAUCGACAAUCAGUACCUCUCUGGCAUGCUACGGGAAGGCUUCUACAACGUCCUUAUCAGCAUUCAUCUGGAAACGGCAAAGGAGGCUCGCCUAAUGAUGAACAAUGAGUUCAUCAUUCCCGUGACAGACGAGACGCGCUCCAUCAGGCUCUUUCCUGAUGAGUCCAAGAAGCACUCCCUACCUGGCGUAGGGCUGAGCACAUCCCUGAAACCUCGGGUUAACUUCUCUCCCGCCUGUAUCAUCGGCACUAAGCGUCAGCAGUAUCUUCACAGCCCCCAGAUACCCCUGGGCAUUCUAAAGGAGAAGGCCAUCAGCAUGCUUGCUGAGGCCGUGCAGGGCGGCGGCAUCCAUAUAAGAGACCCAGUGGGAGGGAGCGUGGAGUACCAGUUUGUCCCCAUCCUCAAGCUGAUCGGAACACUCUUAAUCAUGGGGGUGCUAAACGGCGAGGAGGUGAGACUGAUUCUUCUCCUCAUUGAUCCCAACGUUUUCGGGGAGGCUGAGGAGGCGCAGGGGGCUGAGGUGGCCAUCGCUGGAGAUGAAGAUUUGAGCAAGAAUGAGGAGAAGGUUGUGGAGGCAGGAGAAGAAGAGACGAAGGAGAGCAAGCCGGUGGUCAGGGGUCUUCUGGAGAAGUCAUUGCCCGAGUCUGUCAAGCGGCAGAUGUGCAAGCUGCUGCAUUACUUCUGCGACUGCGAGCUGAAGCACCGCAUCGAGACCAUCGUGUCCUUUUCGGACAACUUUGUCUCCAAGCUGCAAUACAACCAGAAGUUCCGCUACAACGAGCUCAUGCAGGCGCUCAACAUGUCCGCCGCUGUCACAGCCAAGAAGACCAAAGAGUUCCGCUCACCGCCUCAGGAGCAGAUCAACAUCCUGUUGAACUUCACUGCAGGUGAUGACUGCCCCUGCCCUGAGGAGCUCCAGGAAGAACUUAAUGUCUUCCAUGAAGAACUCCAACUGCACUGUGGAAUCCCCGUGGAGGAGGAUGAGGAAGAGCAGGACACUUCCAUUAAAGGUCGUCUCCUGGCCUUGCUGUAUAAGAUCAAGGGUCCACCCCAAAAGACAGAGGAGGAACCCACAGAGAAAGAACAGGCUGCCCCCACUAACCUGAAGGAACUCAUCUCCCAGACUAUAAGCAGCUGGGCACAGGAAGCCCACAUCCAGGAUCCCGAACUGGUCCGAGUGAUGUUCAGCCUGCUCAGGAGGCAGUAUGACGGCAUUGGGGAACUGCUCCGAGCAAUGAAGAAGUCUUACACCAUCAGUGCUGCAUCCGUGCAGGAUGCUAUAAACCUGCUGGCCUCACUGGGUCAGAUCAGGUCUCUGCUGUCAGUGCGUAUGGGCAAGGAAGAGGAGAAGCUCAUGAUCGACGGACUCGGGGACAUUAUGAACAAUAAGGUUUUCUACCAACAUCCAAACCUCAUGAGAGUGUUGGGCAUGCAUGAGACGGUAAUGCAGGUCAUGGUCAACGUGCUCGGUGGAGACAAGUCACAGGAAAUUGCCUUCCCCAAGAUGGUUGCCAGCUGUUGUCGCUUUUUGUGCUAUUUCUGUCGCAUCAGUCGCCAGAACCAGAAAGCCAUGUUUGACCACCUGAGCUACCUGCUAGAGAAUAGCAGUGUUGGUCUGGCUUCUGAAGCAAUGCGGGGCUCCACUCCGCUGGAUGUUGCCGCAUCAUCUGUGAUGGACAACAACGGCCUCGCUCUGGCCUUGGAGGAGCCAGAUCUAGAAAAGGUGGUGACAUACCUGGCAGGAUGCGGUCUUCAGAGUUGUGCCAUGCUGGUGGCUAAAGGCUACCCAGACCUGGGCUGGAACCCCAUAGAAGGAGAGCGCUACCUGUCCUUCUUGAGGUUUGCAGUCUUCUGCAACGGUGAGAGUGUGGAGGAGAAUGCCAAUGUGGUGGUGAAGCUGCUCAUCCGACGUCCAGAGUGUUUCGGUCCCGCACUGAGGGGAGAGGGGGGCCAGGGUCUGCUAGCGGCCAUGAAGGAGGCCAUCAAGAUUUCCGAGGAUCCUGCUCUGGACCUGCCCAAACCCUCCACCGCCAUCACAACUGGAUCUGGUGAAGAAGAGGAGGAAGUAAUUCACAUGGGCAACGCCAUCAUGUCCUUCUACUCUGCCCUCAUUGACCUCCUGGGUCGAUGUGCACCUGAGAUGCAUCUCAUCAAUGCUGGUAAAGGUGAGGCGCUUCGUAUACGAGCAAUUCUACGCUCUCUGGUUCCCACAACAGACCUGGUUGGUGUCAUCAGCAUCCCACUCAAAAAACCUGUGCUUAAUAAAGAUGGCACAGUGACGGAGCCUGACAUGUCAGCCUGUUUUUGUCCGGACCACAAGGCCCCCAUGGUGCUCUUCCUGGACAGAGUGUACGGCAUCGAGGACCAGAGCUUCCUCCUCCAGCUGUUAGAAGUUGGCUUCCUGCCCGACCUCCAAGCUGCUGCAUCCUUAGACACGGAGGUUCUAAGCACCUCAGAGACGGCGUUGGCCAUGAACAGGUACAUCGGUACAGCUCUCCUGCCCCUGCUGACCCGCUGCGCCGCCUUAUUUGCCAGCACGGAGCACCACGCACAGCUGAUCGACGCCACGCUUCAAACCAUCUACCGGCUGUCCAAAGGACGUUCCCUCACCAAAGCCCAGAGAGAUGUGAUUCAGGAGUGUCUGCUGGCUAUCUGCAAGCAUCUGCGGCCUUCGAUGAUGCAACAGCUGCUCAGGCGCUUGGUGUUUGAUGUCCCCAUGCUGACCGAAUACUGUCAGAUACCUCUCCGGCUACUUACCAACCACUAUGAGCAAAACUGGAAGUACUACUGCCUUCCGUCUGGGAUGGGCAGCUUUGGCAUAGCUUCAGAAGAGGAGCUCCUCCUGACCAAGAAACUCUUCUGGGGAAUCUUUGACUCCCUCUCUCAAAAGAAGUAUGAUGCUGACCUGUUCAAAAUGGCCAACUCAUGCCUUUGUGCCAUUGCUGGAGCCUUGCCUCCUGACUUUGUGGAUGCCAGUUUGGGAGCAACACUGGAGAACCAUGCUUCCAUUGAUGCACAGGGGAACUUUGACCCCAAACCCAUAAACACUGCCAAUAUCUCCCUACCUGAAAAACUUGAGUACAUUGCCAACAAAUAUGCAGAGCAUUCCCAUGAGAAGUGGUCAUCGGAGAAGGUGUCAGCGGGCUGGAAACAUGGAGAAAGUAUGGAUGAACACAGCAAAAAACAUCCACUGCUUAAGCUUUACAAAGCUCUUAGCGAGAAGGAGAAAGAAACAUACCGAUGGCCGGUGAGGGAGUCGUUGAAGAGCAUGCUGGCCAUGGGCUGGAACAUUGAGAGGACCAAGGAAGGAGAAGCCAUGUUCCAACUGCGGGAGAGUGAAAAACAGCGAAAGAUCUCUGAGAUUCAGGUCAACGGAUUCAGUCCUGCUCCGACGGAUCUGCAAAACGUCACCUUGUCAAGAGAGUUACAGGGCAUGGUUGAGAUGAUUGCGGAAAAUUAUCACAACAUCUGGGCCAAGAAGAAGAAAAGUGAGCUCAUUAGCAAAGGAGGAAGGACCCACCCGCUGUUGGUACCCUACGAUACCCUGACUGCUAAAGAGAAGUACCGAGACCGAGAGAAGGCGCAGGAGCUCUUCAAGUUCCUGCAGAUAAGCGGUUACGCCAUAACAAGAGGUCUGAAGGACAUGGAGCAGGACUCUUCAUCCAUGGAGAAACGCUUUGCCUACAAGUUCCUUAAGAGGCUGCUGAAAUGUGUUGACUCGGCACAGGAGUUUAUCGCACAUCUUGAGGCGAUGGCCACCAGUGGGAAAACCGACAAAUCACCUCAUGACCAGGAAAUCAAAUUCUUUGCUAAGGUGCUGCUCCCCCUGACAGAUCAAACCUUUAAGAAUCACUGCCUCUACUUCCUGUCCACGCCUAACAACAACAUGAGCAGCUGUGGCUGUGCCUCCAACAAAGAGAAGGAGAUGGUCACAAGCCUUUUCUGUAAGUUGGCAGCUCUUGUCAGACACAGGAUUUCUCUCUUUGGAAGUGACUCUUCAAUGAUGGUGAGCUGCCUGCACAUCCUCACUCACUCACUCGACACCAGAACAGUGAUGAAGUCCGGGGCUGAGCUGGUCAAAGCCAGCUUUCGGACCUUCUUUGAGAACGCAGCAGAGGAUCUGGAGAAACUUCUGGAGAUGCUCAAACUGGGGAAGUUCAUGCAGUCGCGCGCUCAAAUGAAGAGCGUCUGCCAGAGCAUUCAUUAUGUGACUGUGGCACUUCUGCCCAUCCUCACGGCGUUAUUUGAUCACAUCAGAACACACGAGUUUGGAGUCGACCUCUUGUUGGAUGAUGUGCAGCUGUCCUGCUACCGAAUCCUCACCUGUUUCUACUCUUUGGGAACAGGAAAGGGCAUCUUUGUGGAAAGGUAUCUGCCAGCACUCGGGGAGAGCCUGGCCACCCUGGUUGGCGCCAUGCCUGUGGCUUUCCUGGAGCCCCAUCUGAACAAUCACAAUCCACUGUCAGUCUUCAACACCAAGACUCCACGAGAGAGGGCCAUUCUAAGUAUGCCUGACUCGGUAGAGGAAAUGUGUCCGGAGAUGCCUCGUCUUGACAAGCUGCUGAAGGAUGUCAAUGAUGUGUCAGAGACUGGUGCCCGCUACAGUGAGAUGCCCCAGGUGAUUGAGGUGAUCCUGCCUAUGCUGUGUAAUUACUUGUCCUACUGGUGGGAGAAAGGUCCAGAAAACCCACCUACAAGCGGUGAAUGCUGCACCAUGGUGAUGUCAGAACAUCUCAGCAUCAUUCUCGGCAACAUCCUCAAGAUCCUCAACAGCAACUUGGGUAUUGAUGAUGCUCCCUGGAUGAAGAGGAUCGCAGUGUACUCGCAGCCAAUUAUCAGUAAAGCUGGAGCCGGCCUGCUCAGAACCCACUUCCUGCCCACGCUCUACAAGCUAAAGAAAAAGACAGUGAAGGUUGUAUCCGAAGAGGAGCUACUGAAGGCCGAUGGCAAGGGUGACAAUCAGGAGGCGGAGCUUCUUAUCUUGGAUGAGUUUGCCGUGCUCUGCCGAGACCUCUACGCGUUCUACCCCAUGCUCAUCCGCUAUGUGGACAUCAACAGGUCGAGAUGGCUUAAGGAACCUGAUGCUGACUCAACUGAGCUCUUCAGGAUGGUGGCAGAUAUCUUCAUCCUCUGGUGCAAAUCACAUAACUUCAAGCGUGAGGAGCAAAACUUUGUGGUGCAGAACGAGAUCAAUAAUUUGGGCUUCCUCACUGGAGAAGGCAAGACCAAAAUGUCCAAGUCAGGUGGGGACCAGGAGAGGAAGCACAAGCGUCGUCGAGGAGAAUACUACUCCAUCCAGACCUCUUUGAUUGUGGCUGCCUUGAAGAAGAUGUUGCCCAUCGGCCUCAACAUGUGCACCCCUGGGGACCAGGAGCUCAUCUCAUUGGCUAAGACGCGCUACAGCUUGAAAGACACAGAUGAUGAGGUGAAGGAGCACUUGCGGCAGAACCUUCAUCUGCAGGACAAGUCUGAUGACCCAGCAGUCCAGUGGCAGUUAAACCUCUACAAAGACAUCACGAUGAAGAGCGAAGAACAAGUCAACCCCGAACACAUAGUGGCUCGGGUUCAAAGUAUCUCUGCUGCGGUUUUCCACUUGGAACAAGUGGAGCAGCCUUUGAGAAAUAAGAAGUGUGUGUGGCAGAAGCUUCUCUCCAAACAACGUAAACGUGCCGUGGUGGCCUGCUUCCGUAUGGCUCCCCUUUACAAUCUACCAAGGCAUCGUGGUAUCAACCUCUUCAUCCCGGCCUAUCAGAGACUAUGGAUAGAAGCAGAGGAGUACUCCUUUGAGGAAAAGCUAGUUCAGGAUCUGGCAAAAACCCCUAUGAAGAUAGUGGAGGAGGAUGAAGAAGAAGUGGCUGAGAUCCAGCCAGACCCUCUGCACCAACUCAUCCUCCACUUUAGCCACAAUGCUCUUACAGAGAGAAGUCACUUGGAAGAGGAUCCUUUGUAUAUCGCGUAUGCUGACAUGAUGGCGAAGAGCUGUGCAGAGGAUGAAGAAGAAGAGGAUGAAGAGAAAGAGAAGACAUUUGAGGAAAAAGAGAUGGAAAAGCAGAAGAUCCUGUAUCAGCAGGCUAGGCUGCAUGCUCGUGGGGCUGCGGAGAUGGUGUUGCAGAUGAUUAGCGCCAGUAAAGGACGUCUUGGCCGUAUGGUGACCUGCACGCUUAAACUUGGCAUUUCCAUUCUAAAUGGAGGCAACGUGCAGGUUCAGCAGAAAAUGCUUGAUUACUUGAAAGAAAAAAGAGAUGCAGGCUUUUUCAAAAGCCUCUCAGGACUAAUGCAGUCAUGCAGUGUCCUGGACUUGAAUGCAUUUGAGAGGCAGAAUAAAGCAGAAGGUCUUGGAAUGGUGACAGAAGAAGGCUCAAUCCACACCGAGCGGGGCUCCAAAGUGCUACUGAAUGAUGAGUUUACAAAAGAUCUGUUCCGGUUUUUGCAACUUCUGUGCGAGGGGCACAAUGGCGAGUUCCAGAACUUCCUCAGAACCCAAACCGGAAACACAACCACGGUCAACAUUAUCAUCAGCACAGUUGACUAUUUACUGCGCCUUCAGGAAUCUAUCAGUGACUUCUACUGGUACUACUCAGGCAAAGACAUCAUUGAUGAAACUGGUAAAGUGAAUUUCUCCAAAGCAUUAUCCGUAGCCAAGCAGAUAUUCAACUCACUGACUGAGUAUAUUCAGGGUCCAUGUAUUGGGAACCAGCAGAGUCUUGCACACAGCAGACUGUGGGAUGCAGUUGUUGGCUUCUUACAUGUUUUUGCCAACAUGCAGAUGAAACUGUCUCAGGAUGCCAGUCAGAUUGAACUGCUAAAGGAGCUGAUGGACUUGCAGAAAGACAUGGUUGUCAUGUUGCUGUCUUUGCUAGAAGGCAAUGUUGUCAAUGGAACAAUCGGGAAGCAGAUGGUCGACACCCUUGUAGAGUCUUCCAACAAUGUUGAGAUGAUCCUGAAAUUCUUCGACAUGUUCCUGAAGCUGAAGGACCUGACGACCUCCGAUAACUUCAGGGAGUACGAUCCCGAGUGCAAGGGCAUCAUCUCCAAGAAAGAUUUCCAGAAGUCAAUGGAGAGCCAAAAGCAGUACAGCCAGUCGGAGAUCGACUUCCUGCUCUCCUGCGCGGAGGCUGAUGAAAACGACAUGUUCAACUACAAGGAGUUUGUGGAGCGAUUCCAUGAACCGGCCAAGGACAUCGGAUUCAACGUGGCUGUGCUGCUGACCAACCUGUCCGAGCACAUGCCGCACGACACACGCCUGGCCACGUUCUUGGACCUGGCCGAGAGCGUGCUGAGCUACUUUGAGCCGUAUCUGGGCCGUAUCGAGAUCAACGGCAGCGCCAAACGCAUCGAGAGGGUUUACUUCGAGAUCAGCGAGUCCAGCCGGGAGCAGUGGGAGAAGCCACAGGUGAAAGAGUCGAAACGCCAGUUCAUCUUCGACGUAGUCAAUGAGGGAGGCGAGAGCGAGAAGAUGGAGAUGUUUGUCAACUUCUGCGAGGACACUAUCUUUGAGAUGCAGCUAGCCUCGCAGAUCUCUGAGCCGGACGCCGUGGAACAACUGGAGGAGGAGGAAGAGGAGGAAGGUUUCACUAUCCUAGAUGAAUUGGCUGGAGAGGAAGACGGCGCCGUGGAGUCGACCUCCGCCUUUGCUUCGGCGUGUUGGUCAAUCAAGAAGAGGUUACGCAACGCACGCCAAAUUGUGUCCAUCAAAAACAUCCGCAAGAAGCUCAAGAAAGUGAAGAAGCUGACCAUCAAGGAGAUGAUCACAUGCUGCUUCUCCUUCUUCUGGAUGCUCUUCACAGGUUUCUUCAAAGGAAUCUACAGCCUCAUUUUUGGUUUCUUCCACGUCAUCUGGUCCUCGAUGUUCGGCGGCGGCUUGGUUGAAGGUGCCAAGAACAUGAAAGUCACAGACAUCCUCGGAAACAUGCCUGACCCAACUCAGUUUGGCAUUCAUGGAGACGCCGUUGAAGGAGAGAAAGUCGAAGCCGUAGAGUCCUCUGGAAGUUCAGAUGCCGCCAUGGUUCCGGCGGCGGACAUAGCAGAGGUUGACACCAUGUUGGACAUGCUGAACGUACCCAAGAAGGAAGGCGGAAAGCACGUGGAGCCCGGUUUGGGGGAUGUUUCAGAGCUCAACGCAGAGAACUCCAGCACGGACCACAAGAAGAAGGCUUCUUCCAAGGCUGAUGAAUCCCCUGAGAGUGAACCUGAGAAAGCAGACACAGAGAACCAAGAGAAGGAGGACCAAGCAAAGAUGGAGAACGCCAAGGAGCCGGCAACUGAGGAAAAGCCCAAAACCAAAACAAGCCAACCCAAAGAAGCUUCACCUGCCUUCAUGUCCAGUGUCUUCGCAACGUUGGACGUCUACCUGAACAAAACGCUGAAUUAUCUGGCUCGCAACUUCUACAAUCUGCGUUUCCUGGCUCUGUUUGUGUGUUUUGCCAUCAACUUCAUUCUCCUCUUCUAUAAGGUGACUGGUGAUGCGGAGGAUGAAGGCGAUGAGGGAAACAGCUGGGGUGCCAAGGACGAGGAUGACGAGGACACGCUCUUCGACAUGGAUGAGUUUGUCCUCCAAGAGAGCACAGGCUACAUGUUGCCAACCCUACGCUUCCUGGCCGUAUUCCACACCGUCAUCUCCCUGCUGUGUUUGGUGGGGUACUAUUGUCUCAAGGUUCCUUUGGUGGUGUUCAAGCGAGAGAAGGAGAUCGCCAGGAAGCUUGAGUUUGAUGGACUUUACAUCACUGAGCAGCCGUCUGAUGACGACAUCAAGGGCCAGUGGGAUCGACUAGUCAUCAACACCCCGUCCUUCCCUAGCAACUACUGGGACAAGUUCAUUAAACGCAAAGUGAUCAACAAAUAUGGUGACCUGUACGGAGCUGAGCGCAUCGCCGAGCUCUUAGGCCUCGAUAAGAGCGCUCUGGACUUUGACCCCACAGUGGAGACGGUAGAGAAUGAAGCAUCCCUGCUAUCUUGGCUCAGCUCCAUCGACACAAAGUACCACAUUUGGAAACUGGGAGUUGUUUUGACCGACAAUUCCUUCCUGUAUCUAAUCUGGUACACCACCAUGUCUAUCUUUGGACACUUCAACAACUUCUUCUUUGCUGCCCACCUUCUGGAUAUAGCUAUGGGCUUCAAGACCCUCCGUACCAUUCUAUCUUCAGUCACACACAAUGGCAAGCAGCUGGUGCUGACCGUGGGUCUGCUGGCAGUGGUUGUGUAUCUCUACACUGUGGUGGCCUUCAACUUCUUCAGAAGGUUCUACAACAAGAGCGAGGAUGAAGAUGAGCCUGACAUGAAGUGUGACGACAUGAUGACGUGCUAUUUGUUCCACAUGUACGUGGGUGUAAGAGCUGGGGGUGGUAUUGGAGAUGAGUUGGAGGACCCAGCUGGCGACCCGUAUGAGCUCUACCGAAUCCUCUUUGACAUUACUUUCUUCUUCUUCGUCAUUGUCAUUUUACUGGCCAUCAUUCAAGGUUUGAUCAUCGAUGCUUUUGGGGAGCUGAGAGACCAGCAGGAGCAAGUGAAGGAGGAUAUGGAGACCAAAUGCUUCAUCUGCGGCAUCGGCAAUGACUACUUUGAUCGGACGCCUCACGGCUUUGAAACUCACACCUUACAAGAGCACAACCUCGCCAAUUACCUGUUCUUCCUCAUGUACCUGAUUAACAAGGACGAGACAGAGCACACGGGCCAGGAGUCAUACGUGUGGAAGAUGUACCAGGAGAGAUGCUGGGACUUUUUCCCAACUGGAGACUGUUUUCGAAAGCAAUACGAGGACCAGUUAGGCUAAAGAUGGCCACCUUGUCCGGUGGCCGUCUUCCAUCUGACAGACUGUGAACAUGACUUCCCUCUAGUUAGUCGAAAAGAUGGAAAAGACUGACAGGAGACAUCCAAGCUGUCGUUUAUGCAAACUUUUCUUUUGGUUCUGACCCACAUUGCCUUUUCACCCUCUCAACUCCGACCCCGUUACCACACGUGAAACUUGACAAAUGGAAUGUCUGAAGGGUGCAGUUUGCCAGAUCAGAUGCUUAUUUUGAUCACUACUCAUGUCUGCCUUUUCAAACCGGUUUCAAUAUGUAAACGUGACAAUACCAAAGUGCCUUAUGGGAAACUAUGCAAAAGAACCUUUUUGUUCUCUCGCUUGAGCUCAUUUUGUGGCUUUAAUGUUUAAGAAAAAAAAUUUGUUGUAUAAAAUCUAGAUGUGCCACUCAGUUUAGUUUAUUUCUCCUAUGUGUCUGCACUUGUUUCCACUAUAGAUUACCAACCAUGUUGACGCCAAAUCAAGCCGUUUUAAGGAAACACAGUAUAUACAUACAUAAACACACAUAGUAGUUUUGCAUUUGUUUGAAAGGGAAGGAAAUUAAUAAACUACCCAAGGCAAUAAAACAUCUUGUUAGCUCCUCAUUUGCAUUUUUUUUUCUCUUCCCAUUUUUAAAUGUGUGUUGGUUAAAUUUCUUAUUCAUUUCUACAAUGUGUCGAGGGCCCAUAAAAAAUGGGCUACAAGCCACAAAUGGCCCCAGGACGCACUUUGGACACACCUGCAUUAUAGGGUAAUUUUUAAUUUUAAAUUUUGGGCUUUCCCUUGGAGGCCGCCACAGCAAGUUCAUCGCUAGUUUUUAUACCGGAAGCCCUUCCUGAUGUGAUAGUACUGCAAUACCACCAGGCGUUUACUUCUUUCAUUUUAACCCUAGAAAAUGAUGGCAGUAUAUUACAAGGAAUUUUGUGCUUAACUGGUUCAAUAAAUAUAAUUCAAAUUAUAUACCGUCAUUAUGUUUUAUCCAUAAUUAUUACUUGGCCUGACUUAUCUCCUUUGACAAAAGGCACAUUUGUCAGCUGAGAAAUAAAUCUAUUAUGUGGCAUAUAAAACCAGAUAAGGUUU